UUAUAAAUUUAUUAGCAGUGAACUACAAAUAAGAAAUAAAAAAAUAACUAACCAAUUUUCUGUUCAGAUUACAAGUCGUUUGUUUAAUUUGCGGUGGCAAAAAUGAGAUAAAACUUUUUUUGGAAUCACAAAUUAUUCACAACUGUUUUUUAAGUUGUAUAACUUCGUAAUGACUCGACAAACACAAUUUUACACUUAAACCAGACCUUUAGACCCUCGCGUAUUACAUUAUCAAUAGAAACUCGUAUUUUAAAUUUAGUUAUCAUUUGACAAAACCGACGAUUGUUGCAAGCCGUAUUUAUAUUUGUAUGAAUUGGGACGAAAUUAAAAUUAAAGUCCCUUGGGGAUUCGUAGCAGCAAAAUCAUGGGGUGAUUCAAACAAUUUCCCCAUAAUCUUAAUUCAUGGCUUAAACGACAACGCUGGAUCAUUUGAUACAUUAAUCCCUCUCCUCCCGCAACGUUUCAAUUAUAUUUGUAUUGAUUUACCAGGUCAUGGGCUUUCCUCUCAUUUUCCAAGAACCCUCCCCAUAGAAUACACCCAUUUAUUGAUGACUUUGCAAAUAAUCUUAGACGAAUUGAAACAAGAUAAAUAUAUUUUAAUCGGACAUGGAAUUUCUGCAACUUUAUUACCUCUGUAUGCUCAAUUAAAACCAAAAAAAGUUGUAAAAAUAGUUUUAAUCGAUUCAACUUAUACUUUUGUUAAUCCACCAGGUACAUAUUUAACGAGAAUUGAAGAAGCAAACGCUUUAUUAAUGAAAUAUAUUAAUUUUAAACCUGAAAAUCGAAAGUCUUAUACUUAUAAAGAAGCUGUGAAAAAGGUUAUAAGAAGAAGACCUUUGGGGGUUUUAAAUUAUAAAUGUGGUGAGCAAUUGGUGAGGAGGAUGGUGGAAAAAGUUGGCGAAAAGAAGUAUAUGUUUACCAUCGAUGGGAGAUAUAAAGCUUUGGUUCAACCAUCGUUAAGUUUUAAUUAUGUGACUGAAUUAUUGGAAAAGAAACCGUUAAAAUGUGAUAUUUUAGUAUUGUACACAUCGUAUACUUUAGAUAUAAGCAUCAAAAUUUUUAAAUACAUGAUUCCUUAUUUGGAUUUAUUCAAGGAACAUCGAAUCAUUAUCGACGGGGAUCAUCAUAUACAUCAUACGCAACCAGAAAAAGUUUCUAAUCAUAUCGUGAAGUUUUUAUUAAACUAAUUAUAUAAUUAAUUUAUAUGUAAAUGUAAAUAAAAACUUUUGUAACUAA